AUGUCAGAAAAGAUUGUUAAGGAUUUUGACAAUGAGUCAAUCAUAACAAGUACAGUAAUCCAUCGAAAUGGCCGAAAAUCACUCUAUAUGGCCGGUCUUAUAGCUGCAGGCGGUGGAUUUGUCAUUGGGUUUGAUACAGGUGCUAUUUCUGGUACCAUGUCGCUCGUUCCUUUUAUGGAUCGUUUCUUAAAUCAAGAUGCCGAGUAUCGUGAAGCAUUAUUAGUUGCCAUCAUGUUACUAACUGCUACUAUCGGUGGACUAUCAUCUGGCAAUAUCUGUGACGCUAUCGGACGUAAGUAUACCAUCCUUCUCGGUACUGCUGCUUUUGCGAUCGGUGCUCUUUUAGAAACCAUUGGCUAUAAUUUUGGCAUGUUAAUGGCCGGUCGUGUUUUUGUCGGUUUCGGUGAAGGUUAUCUGACGAACGCAAUUCCAUUGUAUCACACUGAAAUUGCCCCACCAGAUAUCCGCGGUAGAUUGAUUACAUUGUUCAGUGCCAUGGCUUCUGUUGGUACUAUAGUUGGCUACUUUGUUAACUUUGGUACUUCAUAUAUGGAUAAUGACUGGGCAUGGCGUAUUCCUUUUCUUAUUCAACUGAUCAUCUGCGUUCUUUUGGCAUGCGUCUAUUUCUUACCCUUUUCUCCACGUUGGCUUGUUGACAAAGGUCGCAAAGAAGAAGCCUUAAAUGUAAUUGCUUUACUCCAUGAAUCUACUGUACAAGAUCCCGAGGUUUUGAAAGAAUACAACAUGAUUUGCGAAGAAAUCACAGUCGAACGUUCAUUUGGUAAUCGUACUUAUAUCGAAUGUUUCCGUGGCACAAAUUUAAAGCGUACCUUGUUUGCUCUUUUCACUGGAAAUGGUGCUGCUUUCACUGGAACGUAUUCCAUUUCCUACUACUCCCCACGUAUCUUUAUGCAGGCCGGUGUUGGUAGCAAUUCAAUCUCGAUUGCUACCAGUGGAGCUAGUAAUAUUCUUGUAUUGGUUGUGACUCUUUUAACUUUGUAUUUUAUUGACAAGUUGGGCCGUCGCCAUAUCUUUUCAACUGGUGCUGGUAUCAUGGGUGGAUCCAUGUUUAUUGUUGGCGCACUAUUCCAAGCGUAUAAUGUCGUUGAUGAUGAUGGUACUGUCAGUCUUACCAAUGUCCAUGCAUGUGCCACAGUUAUUGCUUUUGUGUUCAUUUUCCAGGCUGCUUAUGCUUAUAGCUGGGGACCUGUUGCUUACAUUUAUCCAGCCGAAAUUUCCAAUACCCGUAAUCGUGCCAAAACCAUUGCUCUUGCAUACGGUCUCAACUGGGCUGUUGGUAUCUUUAUGACCUUUAUUAUGCCGAUUUUUAUGACCAACACCAUCUUUGGAGGUUACUACUUCUUUGGUGCCUGUUGCUCCAUCUUGUUUAUUGGUAGUUUCUUCCUCCCGGAAACCAAAGGAAAAACCCUUGAAGAAAUUGACCGCAUGUUUAAUCCUAUCUAG